AACUCAGCAAUGCUUUUAAAGUGCUCUGCUGAAUGAUCCUUGAAAAUCCCUUUCUGGCUGCGAGUGGGUGCUCCCAUCUCUGGCUCCCACCUAGGCACCAGCACGGGCACCUCAAGCUUCUAAGGACACCUUUUUUUUUUUUUGCAAAGUUUGCCAUUAGCGGCAGCAGCAGAUGUGAGAAUGAAGUGUUAAAGAGCAACUUCUUCUGAGCUGAGAAAGUGAAAUCAAAGAAUCUGCCGGAGCGCUGCUGUGAUGCGUGUGUGCGCCAAGCCCAAGGCAGGGCUGUUGUAAUUGGCGCAUGAUUGCCCCUUUCCCGCUAAUCGCUGGUGCAAAAGGAACAAGCUGGCUCACCCUGCGCCGGGUCACAACAGCAGCAGCAGCAUCAGCCUGGUGUCCCCUGUGCCAGCCUCGUGUAGGACUGUGAGCAGCAGCAGCAGCAGCAGAAGGAUGGCAUCAGAACUGGCAAUGAGCAGCUCCGACCUGCCCACUAGUCCCCUGGCCAUGGAAUAUGUUAAUGACUUCGAUCUGAUGAAGUUUGAAGUGAAAAAGGAGCCGGUGGAGACCGAUCGCAUCAUCAGCCAGUGCGGCCGCCUGAUCGCCGGGGGAUCGCUGUCUUCCACCCCGAUGAGCACGCCCUGCAGCUCGGUGCCCCCUUCCCCGAGCUUCUCUGCCCCCAGCCCGGGCUCUGGCAGCGAGCAGAAGAGCCACCUGGAAGACUACUACUGGAUGAGCGCCUACCCCCAGCAGAUCAACCCGGAGGCGCUGGGCUUCAGCCCGGAGGACGCGGUGGAAGCGCUGAUCAGUAACCAACAGCAGCAGCAACAACAACAGCAGCAGCAGCAGCUCCAGGCGGGCUACGAUGGCUUUGCCAGGGGGCAGCAGUACCCAUCGUCGGGUGGGAUGCCCGGAGAGGACAUGGGCUCCGCAGCGGCGGUGGUAUCGGCUGUGAUUGCAGCUGCGGCAGCGCAGAACCCUCACCACCAUCACCACCACCACCACCAUUCCGUGGGGCACCAAGCCGGGGUGCAGCCGACUGGCGGGGGGACGGGGGGCGGCAGCAGCGGCAGCUCCACCGCGUCCUCGGUGGUCGGGGCUCUGCACCCACCUGCCGCCCACCACCAUCACCACCACCAUCACCUGCACUUUGACGACCGCUUCUCGGACGACCAGCUGGUCACCAUGUCCGUGAGGGAGCUGAACCGGCAGCUGAGGGGGGUGAGCAAAGAGGAGGUGAUCCGGCUGAAGCAGAAGAGGAGGACCCUGAAGAACCGGGGCUACGCGCAGUCCUGCCGAUUCAAGAGGGUUCAGCAGCGGCACGUCCUGGAGGGCGAGAAGAGCCAACUGCUGCAGCAGGUCGAGCACCUCAAGCAGGAGAUCUCCAGGCUGCUCCGAGAGAGGGACGCCUACAAGGAGAAGUACGAGAAGCUGCUGGGCAGCGGCUUCAGAGAAAACGGCUCCAGCAACAGCGACAACCCCUCCUCUCCGGAGUAUUUCAUGUCAUGAGUUUUGAGCUUUGCUGUCUCACACACAGAGAGAGAGAGAGAGAGAGAGAGAGAGAAAGGGAGAAAAAUCACAGAAUGUUACCACCCUGAGUUCUUCAUAUGAGCUUGCAAUAAAAUAUUAAUAAAAAAAAACACAAAAACAAAAAAUGUGAAUUUUUAGAAUAUUGUCGCUGAAUUCAUCAUUUUUUUUUUUCUGAGAGAGUUGCUGUCCUCAGUAAAAGGAGCGUUAAAGCAACCUGCCAAAUUGAAGCCUGCAUCCAACUUCAGUGUUUUCAUGAGAGUUUUUGGCCCCAAUGAAUGAGACUGGCCUGCCAUUAAACUCCCAUCCUCAUCUCAUGCAUUAUGCUUGCUAAUCUGUCUUAGCAACAAAGAACUGUCAUUGUCAAAAGACUUUAUGGAAAAGAGACAAUAUAUUAUAUAAGAAGGCCCUGCAUGCUGGACAUGUAUGGUAUAAUUAUUUUUUGUUUUUUAUUGUUUUUUUUUUCCCUUUUAUUUUGUUUUUAUUUUUGCUUGGAAAUGGACUUUCUGGAAAUUAUUGGCAUGGUAUUCAUCAUUCUGUUUCUUUCUUUUAUUGCCUCAUCACUUUUUUGAGUUCCCUACAAAAAAGUGCAGCCAUCCAUCCUCCCCUAUUAAAGUUUGCAUCCGCUAGCGGUCGGUAAAAACAUAAAUAUAUAUAAAAAAUAAAAUAAAAAAAAAUCAGCUUUUUUUGAAAUAUGCAAAACUUCAGACUCCACUUAAGAAUAAAUAUGCACUGAUGUUGUUUUUUUUUUUUCUCUCCAAAAUAUGGCAAAAAAAAUGGAUUUUCUUAUUUAAAUGUGGCAAAAGAAAAAAAAAAUCAGGAACUCUGAAAAGAUGUCUAUAAAAGUCAUUUGUUCUGGGACUAAUGCUGUGAGCUAAUAAAACAGUCUCAAAUUUAUUAUUCAAACCAAUAUUCAUCCAUUUUUUUUAUUUUCCAUUUGGUUACUGUCAAAUGUGGAAUGCAAUGGGAUUGUAGUCAGUCUUACUCCUGUUUCAUACAGUCUGUUAGCCCUGUGAAUAUAUAUAUAUAUAUAUAUAUAUCUGUCUAUACUACAGAAAAGGGAAUGUCGUAGAUUCAUUGGAACGAGUUAACUCUGUCAUAGCUGUAGAACCUUUUAAAGAUCGAUGCACUAAAUUGUUUACUAUUGUGAUGUUCAGAGAGGUUAGAAAUUGCGUUGGGGAGUGUUUAUUGCAAAGAAGGUAGCUUUUUAUUUGCAGCAUGUGCUUGCAACUUACAUUUAAGUUGGGUAUGUGGAAAAACCCUUGCUUUACCACUGACUGUAUUUCAAAACCAAAGUAUUAAAAGGGGAGGCGCCUCUGUCUAUAACUUAGAGGCAUUUUACAUUCAAAAACGAUGUUUGUUUUUGUUUUUCCUCACAAAAAACUGAAGUAUUCGGGACUGAAUUGCACUAAGAUAUAACCCGCAAAGCAUAUAAUAAAUGCAAAACUGUUUAGAACGCUAAUACGGAUUUAUGCAGUUGUUAAACAAAAAAUAAAAAGGAAAACAGGAAAAAAAAAAUGGCAUUACUGCACAAUUUUAAAACAAAUGCAAAUUGUUAGUUGUUUUUUUAUUUUUUACAUUUGUUUUGUGGUGCAGAACUGGAUUUUCUGUAACGUCACAAAUUCCACAGUCUUAAAAGGCAAUAACCAGGAAAAAAUAAAUAAUUCUCUUCAGGGACUGAUAUCAUGUCUUUUAAAAAUGAGUAAACUUACCAUAAUAAAUAUAGAAAGCUGUCAGUUACCUUUUUCUUUUUUUUCUUCUUCAUAUUUUGCUGUGCAAAAUUGUUUUAUAUUUUGAGUUACUAACGAAAACGUUUGAUGUAUUUUGUGCUUUGUUUCAUUUCACUUCUGUGGUUAUAUUGACAGAAAAAAAAAAAAAAAAAAAUAAUCUACAAUAAUAAACUGCAGUUUUUUUGAUUCUAUACGAAGCCUGAGCGUGUGGCGUGUGCAACGUAUACACCGUACUAUCCUGUUGGUUGUUUUCUAAGGCAGUGCAUGGGUUAAUGUUACAGUAAAGCAUAUUAGGGCUUGUUAAUAAAAAUCUCAUUGAAAUCAAAA